AUGCAAUCUGUUAUUUUCUCGACGAGAGUUGCUUGGAACGAGCUAGAGUUUCAGAAGUUGCAGAAUGAAUUAGGUGAGACAGCUUCAGUAAUUGCAAGUACUCAAGAAAUGGGUAGGCUUUCGAGGAAGAAGCUCGUAGAAUCAUUUCUUCGUUUUCGUAAUACUGCUUCAGAGGAAGCAAAAAAGGCUGCUGCCUCUGUAUUAAAAAGUUUUCAAGCCGAAGUUGACAGUCUCGCCUCUCGAAGCCAAAAAGUAGAAGAUGCCUUUAUUCAAGUGUACCAACGUCUUGCGGAAAUGCCAGAUCCUUCAUUGGCAUUAGCGGAAGUUGAGGCCAUUACUAAACAGGCCCAACGGUCUUCUGAUUUGAAGACCGAAAAUUCAAGACUACGGGAAACUAUUGGGGAAUUAAAGGCAGAAAUUCUUGUGGCCAAGUCGAACGAGACUCAGCUUCGAAAAACUGAGGCUCGAAUAGAGGAGCUUGAAGAGGAAUGUGCUCAAUCACAACGACGGCUUGAGAAAGUCAUGGAGGAGCAGGAGCAUCAAACAGGUCUUCAUAUUGCCGAAGCCAAUGCUCGGACCCAAGAGGUCGAACUAAAAGCUGCUUCGCUUGCUGAAUCAUUGAAAUCCGCCCAGUCACAAAUUUUCGAUUUGCAAUCGCGUUUGGAGCAAGUUCGGUCUGCCAAAUCCCAGGAAGUGGAAAUUCUUGCCAGUGAUCUUGAAAAAGCUCAAGAACAAAUAGUAGCCCUACAGCACAAAAUACAACUCUCAGAAUGUCAAUCUGGCAAUGACAAGUCUAUGAUCCUUACUUCUAAUCCCACGGAAACUGUUCAACUCUUGACACAAAUAGAGGAACUAGAGUCUCAACUUGAGUCCAAGAAGAAAGAGAUUACUGAUCUAAUGGCGCAUUUGCAUGUAGUUGAAACCGAGCGCAAGGAGGAAUCGGUAAGCCUUCGUUCUCGUCUGGAGUUGACCGAAGCUGCCUUACAGUCAGCUCAGCAGUCCUUAUCAGCUCUUCAAUCCGAACUACAACUCAAAAGUGAUUAUGACGCAAUCAAAUGGGAGUUGGAAGUUCUCCGUUCCAUUGAAUUUGGUCAGCAAAGUGAUGACAACUUAUCAUCAGAUGAGGCGCUUGAAAUCAGACUUAGGAGAAAGAACGAAAAAUUGCAGAAUAGACUUGCUAGCGUUAAUGCCGAGAAGGAUCGAAUUGAAAUUGAGUUUAACAUGUUGAAAUCUGAAAAUGCUGAUCUGUCUGAACGUGAAGCCCAGCAAAAAGUCCUUAUAAAUCGUUUGGAGGAGGAUCUUAAUAGAGCUAGCGCUUGGCAGAAGUCACAUCACCAGUUACUGCACGAGAAUUCACAUGUUGGGGAAGAACAGGGUGCGGAACCGAAUUCUCCACUUAGUGGAAUACUCUUCGAUCAGAUGGAAGAAAAUGCUGCUGCAGAGGAAUCGUCUAUCCUCUCUAUUGUUCGAAGUCAGCGUGAUCGCUUGAGACAGCAAAAUCGGGAAUUAGAAGAAAAUCUUCUGGCAAUGCGUCAGCAGGUCGUGGCAGUUCAGACACAGUUAGAAGCUCUCCGGCAGGAUAACGUGCAAUUAUACGAGAAAAUUCGAUUUGUUCAGAGUUACAAUUCCUCUCCAAAUGCAGCCCAAAACCGUGCUCAUGAAGAUGAGGUUCUAGCACGAUAUUCAAAUGCUUAUGAGGCUCGAUUGAAUCCCUUCAAACAGUUUGGUAAUCUUGAACGUCAGAGACGAUACAAAGCCCUUCAGGCGCAUGAGAAAAUCAUGCACAGUCUGGGUCGGUUGAUAGUUAACAACCGGGGUGUUCGCUUGGCGACAUUUGCAUAUGUGCUGAUCAUGCAUCUGCUUGUCUUUUUGGUCCUCUACAAGAUGGUUACCACUGGUCCUAUUUGCCCUUCUUCCGGUGAUAACCCUCCUAGUUUAUAA